AUGAGUGUGAGUAGGGAGGAUUGUACUGGUUUUAAAGUCGAAACUGAAUCCACGUGCGAGUGUAUAAAAUGUGGAAAAUUUACUCGAAGACCGAGUAAAAUUUCCACUCAUACGAUUUUCGACAAAUGUGGUGAUAGCGCGAGAAUUUCCGCGAAACAAAUCGAGUCGAAUUACGUCACACGAAUAGUUCACGCGGGCAUUCGCAAUGACAACGUUUAUGAGGUGAAAUUGCUCCUAGCCCCCGGGAUCGAUGUGUCAACGGUCAAAAUAACUGUAAAAAGUAAAAAUCUCCGCGUUAAAUUACACCGUUCCUUGGGUGAAUUGGCCAGACGUCUGCCCCUCUCGAUUCACGAAAAAUCUCCCCUUAACGAGCUCAUCAAAAAGGCGGUCACCCAUUACGAAAAUUUUCUCAUACCCGAGAGUAUCGAUGGCGACAAAGUCCGUGCAAUUGUUGACAAUAAAAACAGAGUCCUCGUCCUAACAGCUCCAACUAUAAAACCUUGCAAAGCACUCAGAAGACGAUUUUCUAUGAUGUUAGAUAAUUAA